AUGGCGGAGCCGCCCGGCGCCGCGGCCGAGGACUCGUGGGGGAAGGUGGACGCAGCCUACAGCGACAAUGGCCUGGACUCGGCCCUCUUUAUGGAAAACGCUAGGAAAGGAAGCAUAGUGUCACGAGCCAACAGUAUCGGGUCCACCAGUGCCUCUUCUGUCCCCAAUACAGAUGAUGAGGACAGUGAUUAUCACCAGGAGCCCUACAAGGAGUCGUACAAGGACCGGCGCAGGCGGGCGCACACCCAGGCGGAGCAGAAGAGGCGAGAUGCCAUCAAGAAAGGCUACGAUGACUUGCAGGCCAUCGUUCCCACCUGUGAGCAGCAGGAUUUCUCCAUAGGCUGCCAGAAGCUGAGCAAGGCCAUCGUCCUCCAGAAGACCAUUGACUACAUCCAGUUCCUGCACAAGGAAAAGAAGAAGCAAGAAGAGGAAGUUUCUACCCUGAGGAAAGACGUGAUGGCCUUGAAGAUCAUGAAAGUGAACUAUGAGCAGAUUGUGAAAGCUCAUCAGGACAACCCGAAUGAGGGGAAGGACCAGGUCUCCGACGAGGUGAAGUUCAAUGUUUUCCAAGGCAUUAUGGAUUCCCUGUUCCAGUCCUUUAACUCCUCCAUCUCAGUAACAAGUUUUCAGGAGCUCUCAGCUUGCGUCUUCAGCUGGAUUGAGGAGCACUGCAAGCCCCAGACGCUGCGGGACAUUGUGAUCGGGGUCCUGCACCAACUGACGAGUCAGCUCUACUGAGCCUUUCUGCUGCAGCACCAGCAGCUCCGGGGCUGCCGCUGCCUCCACACCCACGGGGAUGGGGCAUCUCCUGCCUGGGGGCCUGCGUGACGGGCGCCAGGAAGGGCUGGGCUGUCUCCCUCGUGGCUGUUCUUAAAGCUUGUCUGAAUUAUUUAUUGUAUUAACUAUGAAACCAAAACAAGGCUGUGCAGACACGUCUACUCCACAAGUACUGUCACAGUCAAUAUUACCAAAUAUUUGUAGGGACUUAGCAAAGGCGGGGAAAAAAGUGUGCAUUGAGUAGAAGUCUUUUAAAGUGCCAGAGUCUUUAGCUCAGGCAGGCAUGCUGGGGUUUGCCUGUGCCACCAACUCUCCACUGAGGAGCAGAUCUGCUCUGUAACCUCAGGCCUCUGCUACAACCCCUUCUGAUCCCAGGGGAGGGGGCAUGAAACAAGAACGCAUGCUGAAAGCUGUUGGUUUGUUAGAACAGACUAGAAACAGGCUUUUCCCGUAACUGUGGGCUUUCUCGUACAUCCCUCUGAAGCAGCUCUUAGCGGGCAGGGUUUUUUUUUUAAGUUGUGUAGAUGCCUUGGGGAAGCCUGGCAGAGCUGGCUGAGGGAUGAGCCCAUCACUGCCAGGCAGACACUUAACUUGGCACAGCCGCAACCUCCCCGGUGCAGAGCUGGCAGCAUGGGCCGGGGACUUACUAAAACCUGACCUCCUCCCCUGUAGCCAUAGUCCCCCUGAAAGGGAAAUGGGAGUGAGCGUCCUGUGCAGGCUUUUCCUGAGUGAGUGCUGAAACAUGUCUGGCUUCAUCCAUCUUUAGGUUUUGAUGUACUGAAAAGGAAGUAGUUCAGCAGCUGUAGCACAGCCCUGCCACAGGCUCUCGCUGCUCCUCCUUAGAACUUUUAUACAGAUACAUACACACACAUAACCAGCCUUGAUUUGAUUUUUGUUUUUAUAAAUCACUGAAAUCAUCCUGAAGUACUAUUAGUGUCAGCUUUGCAGACAAAUGCUCUCUGGGACACUUUUUAACCUGUCACACGCUGCUGCUGUCAGGAUGGGUCAUGGCUCUGGCCAACACAUGGUGGAGCCACUGCCCAAGAGAUGGUUGUUGACUGCACAGAGCGAUUGUACUGGGGCUUCUCCUGCGCAGUGAUGCCAGCAGUAGGCUUUGUUCUCUGGCGUAGUGGAUAUUUAUUUUACGACUGUUUUUCCACUGUCAGUGAGGUAGCACUCAGCUCCAGGUUACGUGGUUUGAACGCUGCAGCAUGAGAAUGUUUAAGCUAUUGCUUCUACCCCCCAGUUAGCAGUGGAGAACCCAUUUGGGUGUUUGAUUUUUAUACAAAAUUAUUCUUCAAACCCUGCCUUUGGGUGCCCCGUCCAAUGCAAUAUAAGGAAGCCCCAGAGUCAAACCCUGCGGUGAUGCACAUCACCCAUAAAGCACGCACAGGGUCAGCUGUGUCUCACCUGGACGAUGUUGCUUUGUGAUGAAGAAAAUCCUCUCCCGUGGGUGAGCAGGUUAGGGUUAGGGCUCUGCGGCUGAACAUGAGGCACAGACUGAGCCUGUGGAGAUGCUCUGCCAGAAGCCGCCUCCUGCCUUGGGAUGAGUUACACAGACCUCACAUGUGAAAGCGACAUAUUUUUCUAUUGUGAAAAGUAAUUAAAUAAAUUUUGCUGAAUG